UAGAUUGAGGCUGUUCCAAGGGCGCCAUCUUUGAAUAUACAAUUUUGAGAUGCACAACAUUUAGGACGAAGUUUGGAUUUCGCAUUAAUUUUUUUAGUUCCUCAGAGAUUCUCCUCCUUUCUAUCAAGUGUGCUACAAGCUUUUAUAACUGCAAAUGUAGUACAAAGUACCGCUACGUCGAAAAGAGUUUGAAACUUAUAUUGAAGAACCAGAGAAAAGUCUCCUAGAUCUCUAGUCUUUGAGGUCAUGACGGGACGAACGAAGAACGAAUGGAUUUCACCACACAAACUGGCGCUUCUUACGCUAGUGCGGGAGUUGUGUACGUCCUCUCCUGAAAACUGUGUGACAAGAAGUUGUCAUAGCUUAUCUUUUUUGAUGAUUGACCUACUGCAAGCUCCUGACAUGGGCAUCACAGAACUCUGUCACCAACUGGGACAAAUUGACAAGGAGCUGCCGUCACUCUUAGUGAACAGACUAGAACAAGUGUAUGAGAAUGGCUCAUCUGGGGUGGUGGAAUUCUUUAAGGCUAUUGAUGAACUGUGCGCUGAUGACAAUGCUAUAUAUAAGGAAAGUCUAUUUGGUCUCUUUGCUCGGAGAGUGGGGCUGCUGUACCAUCGAAUGACCUUCAGUCAGAUUGCUCACUUCUUCACUUUGUUUGAGAGAUACAUGUCUAGUGCUAAGCCUGAUGUUGACUGUAUGGACGAAAGCCUGGAGUGUACUGAAAAUGAGAUGCACAUGGAAGAUAAACAAGAUCACAAAAGUGAUUUCAUGUCCUUUAUUAGCUCAUCAAGCAGACAAGCUGAGUUCUUCCUCUCAAGUCAGGCCUCAGCCAUUCAAAGUAAUGAAUCACAGGCAUUGCCCCCACAAGAACUUCAAAGCAAAAUUUCCCAGCUGCAGAGAGCAUCCAACGAUAUCCCAGAGACUCACUACUUGAGCUACCUGAACUGCCUGCGAGUUGGAGAAUACAAGCAAACUGUUGACAGCCUGCAUCAAUACUUUGACCAGCAACAGGGGAAUAAAGCCAGCUCCAAGCCGGCUAUAGAGGGUGCAGAGGUUAUGGAGGAGAAGGGACAGAGCUUUAGAUAUGCUGCCAUGAACCUUGCGGCCUUACACAGCAGACUGGGACACAGAAAAGAAGCCUUGCUAGCCCUACAGGAAGCCAUCAACAUGGCACAGGAGAAAGAUGACCAUGUCUGCUUGGAGCACUGUCUGCUAUUGCUGUAUCACCUUGAACAAGAAGGCAGUACACAAGCUUCAGAACUUCUUGAUAGAUCUGUAACCAGGGCGAAAGAACUCAAACUACCGUACAUGACAUCUCUUAGCAUGUUGACCCAGACUCUGCAUGAUGUGCAUGUGGGAAUGCCGCCCCCAAAAGUAUUGCAGGUGCUGUCUACCAUCAGUACCAUCAACUCUCAAAACUCGCUACAAGAUCUUACAGAAACCACAUUUGCCACAAGGGCUGCAGUCUGGCAACUGUAUGGUAAAAGCCGUAUGUCCAGUGUGUUCAGUCAAAUGGUGCUUUACCGCAAUGCGCCCACAUGCAGUCACACCAGCGGUACCACACACAAGCCUUCAGACACACAAGUCAGCAGUCUAACUGGUCAGCAGUCUGACAUGCAAGAUGGUGAAGCACGGUGUUUAUCGUUGUGUAACCUGGCCAAGGUCUAUGCAGAUCAGGGCCUGUAUGACGAGUCUCAAGAAAUCAUUCAAUUCUGCAAACAGAACUUUCCAAAGCCUACAAAUCUUUCAAAGAUAUGGAUGGUGACUGAGGCGAUCAUUUCUCACGACGCCGCAGUCAUUCAAGGCAAUCAAGACAAGGCACAGGAAGCUGCCAAACAAAUAGCAGGCCUGGACACCCAGCAAGCCAGAUACAGAACUGCUGUGAACAUGCUGCUCGAGGGGCGCUUCUCUGAGGCGCACACUCUGCUACUCAGCAUUCAAGAGAAGUGCAGUAAGAUGGUCAGUCUGAACGAAGGGAAAUACUCAGCAGCAGAGCUACACUUACACGUACUCUUAGCACUAGCGCAGCUGUAUAUCUUAUCGGGGAAUCCUCUCUCUGCCCUGACCCAUUUAAUCGACUGCUUGACGCUCGCGGGUGCUCAUUACCAGACCGAGUCUGCUGCGCGCGCUUCGCUUCUCAUCGCUCAGUUACAGCUGCUUUUGGGAUUGCCAGGCAAAGCGUUAGAACUUGUCAAGUCCAACAUGGUACAGAUACUCGCACACGGCUCACUGUAUACGCAAAGCUGUGCCUUGUUUCUUCUCGUCAAGUGCGAAGUUGCUGCACAUUCGCCUGAAGGAGCCAAUGAGAAGAGAAAAUCUACGUUGUUGUCCGCGCUGCCCACUCUAGCUCGCGCGCUCGAGGGAUUCAGGAAACUGCGAGCGAUGCAGAGGAUCUGCGACUUACUUUACUACCAGGCACGAAUCUAUAAUGAGCUUGGUUACCAAGAAGAACGCAAUCACUACAGCGCGGAGUGUUGUAAAUUGCUACAGGACCCGCUGGUCAAGAAUACCGCAGGCCGCUCUUUCUGUUGCUUGUAAAUGGUGCAAUGGAUAUAAUAUUUUACCAAUAAAAGAUAGAAGUGAUG